AUGUGUGCCGUGGAUGACAACCGUCCAGUCCGUCGCAACAACAGCAGCAGCGGCGGCAGCAGCGUAUUUAUCAUCGCAGCAACAGCCAGGGGGAGUGAAGUGAACCGGUGGACGGAGAGAGAAAGGAUUUACGGACACCGACCAAGCAUGGCUACCCAAACGACAGCAUCAUGCACUGGAUCCACUCUGUUGCAGCCAAUCAGCGAAAUUAUCAAUCUCCCUCUUGACCAGGUUAACUUUGUGGCAUGUCAGCUGUUCGCCCUGCUGAUGGCUUUGUGGUUUCGGAUCUACCUCCACCCUAGUAAGACCAGUCCUUUCAUCAGACAUGUGGUGGCCACUCUGCUGGGCUUCUACUUGGCUCUCUUCUGCUUUGGCUGGUAUUCCCUCCAUUUCCUGGUGCAGAGUGGUCUGUCCUACAGUGUGAUGGUCUUCGCUGGCCUGGAGCACAUGCACAAAUACUGCUUCAUUGUGACGCUUGGCUACCUGAUAUUGUGUCAGAUCACACGAGUCUACGUCUUUGACUACGGCAUGUACUCUGCAGAUUUUACAGGGCCCAUGAUGGUUAUAACACAGAAGAUUACCAGCUUGGCGUUUGAAAUACAUGAUGGUCUGACCAAGCGAGAGGGGCAGCUGACUCCCACACAGAAAUACCUAGCUAUCAGUCGGAUGCCGAGCUUGCUGGAGUACUUGAGCUACAACUGUAACUUCAUGGGCAUACUGGCAGGCCCCACCUGCUCUUACAACGACUACAUGGCCUUCAUCGAAGGCACGUGCUACCAGCCACGCCACCAGGAGAACGCCAACGGCAAGGAGAACGGGAAGUACAAGCAGAGCGAACCCUCACCCAAGAAUGACGUCAUUUCCAAGCUGUGUACAUGUGCCAUCUCGCUGGCCAUCUAUCUGUCACUGUGCAAGGUGCUCCCAGUGGAGCACUCCAUAGACGAUGACUUUGUCAGCUCCACACCCUUCCAUCUUCAGGUCGUCUACCUUUACCUGGCAAUGCUCGCUCUGAGGCCAAAGUACUACUUUGUCUGGACGUUGGCUGACGCUAUCAACAACGCUGCCGGAUUUGGCUUUAAUGGAUACAACAAAGAUGGCUCUCCACGGUGGGACCUGAUAUCAAAUCUCAGAAUUCUGGACAUUGAGUUCGCCACCAGUUUCAAGAUGUUCCUAGACAACUGGAAUAUACAGACAGCUCUUUGGCUCAAAAGGGUGUGCUAUGAGCGCUGUCCCAUCAACCCCAUGGCUGCCACCUUCCUACUAUCGGCCAUGUGGCACGGGGUGUACCCUGGCUACUACCUGACCUUCCUCACUGGCAUCGCCAUGACCAUGGCUGCACGUGCAGUAAGGCACAACAUCAGACCAUACUUCCUCGUCUCGGACUCGCACAAGCGCAUCUAUGAUGUCAUCACGUGGGCAUGGACUCAGGUUGCCAUCAGCUACACAGUGGCGCCAUUUGUCCUACUUGCCGUAGGACCGUCACUUAAAUUCUACAGGUCCUGGUACUUCUGCCUACAUCUCCUCUGCCUCCUGGUGGUAAUGGUUUUACCUGUCAAAUCGAGACGCCGGCAGGCCGCAGAGCAGCAGGACGGCCUACAGAAGGACAGCCUACAGGACAACCAGACAGACCACAGCAGCACAGACAACAACUGUAACCAGAAAGACAAAACCACAUGAGGCUCAGGACAGCAACGCACAGACCCCUCAGCAGCAGAAACACUGAGACGAACUAAAAACCACUGAGAGCUGGAGUGUGGCGAGUCUGUUUACCUGACAAAGAACCAAAUAUCGGACGCUCUGAGAAUCCUAACAGACAGAAAACACACAUCAAUAUUCUGUCAAAACUUCCAGUAGCAAGGGUGACAGCAAUCACAGUUUCUGACACGGAUAAGAGACCAGGACGUAAAAAUGGCCACGGUGUAAACUAAUGAGUGAUAGUGGUUACUUUGCAUUACAUUAGCGGGAAUGAAGACUUCCAAGCUGCCUUAAACCCUCUAUGUACUCAGCUGGUGAAAUAACAGUUGGAUGGCACACUGCAGGAACCUAAAUGCAGUUUCACCGCUGUGUUAUCGGGUUAUACAAACAGAUCUGACGUGCAGUAUGUGGAGGGUUUUUGUCAUUGUCUGGAUACAAGCCUCUGUCAGGUGGAAACAGAAAACGUGUUCAUGUAAAAGAAGCAUAACCUUUAUCAUCAGCUGCCAAUCUCAAACAGGCCUUAGGAUCCUCGGAAUACAUUGUUUGAUUUCUAUGUCUUUUUUAAAACCUUUACUGGAGAAGAAUUCACACUGUACGUGUUUUGUAUUUAGAUGUUUGUGACAACACUAUUUCAAAUCCAUUCUCAGUGAUUUUUUUUUCUUCCCCUGGAUGAAUUGACAAGCAUAGUGAGUCCAAAAGUGAAAUACAGAUCUCGUCCGUCUCCAGCAGUGGAAAGUCUAAAAAAAAAAAUAAGGCACUCAAUAGUUGCUAAAUGGAUUUCUGUUUCUUUUUAUAUUUUUCAUAUCUGCUGCUUUUUUGACAAACAUCAGAUAAAUGUGUGUGUUUCAAAGGGAGUUCAUUUGCCCUGUUGUGAUUUUCCCCUGGUGUCAGGGGUGUGUUGGGUUUUUUUUUUCUUUAUGUGUUCAAAGCUAUUUAAUUAGUGCAAGUCCUAAAUAAUAAAACUGUAUAAUUGGGGAGUGGAUUGUUAACAUUACCGUUGAACACUCGUACAGAUUAAUUUAUUGUCUUAAAGGUCCAGUGUGUAGGAUUUAGGGGGAUACAUUGGCAGAAACUGAGUAAAAUAUUCAUAAUUAUGCUUUCAUUAGUUUAUAAUCACCUGAAACUAAGAGUGAUUGGUUUUUUUGUUACCUUAGGGCCCAUGUUCACUUAGCAUUUGUCUCGAAGCUCCGGUAUCUUUUUCAGUUGUUCCCUGAAAAAACAAGUCAUAUGCAGCUGCAUGUUGCUGCCUGGAGAAAAAACACUGCAUCCAGCUUAGCCUUAUUUGUGUGGCAGCUUUAAAAAGUUCAAGUUGAAAAUCUUUUGAGAAAGACACUGAUGAUGUCACUGCUGCUCUUUUAGCUAGGCUGCUGUCACAACGCAGAUAGACAAGCCUGUCUCGGAGCAGAUCAGCCAGCAGACAGUAGCUGGUGACUGUUGAGCUUUCAUCACCGCACAGUUGUUUAUUGCAUAGUCAACCGUCUGUUAAUGUAGCGUUGCAGUAGCUCCCUUGCUAAUGCCAAUCUCAAUAUAUUGCUGACAUAGAAACAAAACCAAUUCUCAGCACGUCAUUUAAUAAGGCACAGGGAGCUUUUUUUUUCUGCAGUGCUCCCUAGAGCCCCGUCACUGCUUUUCUGUUGAAAGAAAAACGCUAUGUUGGCACAGGCCCUUAGAAUGAGCUGAUUACUUCUACAUAUGGAGCAGGUCCACCAUGUGGUUACUACAGUAGCGCAGAACAGACAAACCAAACUCUGGCUCUAGAUAGAGCCAUUCGUAUUUUCAUGCCAUUCCCCGUAGUUCUACACACUCAGCAAACAUGAGAAGUGUUAGUUGGUUGCACUCUGUAUCCUCGCCACUAGAUGGCACUAAAUUCUACACACUAGACCUCUAAAUCCUACAAAUGUAACAUAAAUCUAGUCAGAUUACCACAUUCACUCAAUUUAACUGUGGGAAGGUUUUGUAGACAUAAUUAUAACAAGCCAAUUGAAUGUAUGAAAAGUUUCCAAAUUGAUGCACAGUGCAUAAAAGCACACAUUGUGUUCACGCUGCGCACCAUGUGCAAUUUGCAUUGUCUGAGAGGAAAUUUAAUAUUUAUGUGUGUGUGACAUAAUAAUAUUGUACAAAAUUCAAAGACAUAGACCAGCUGUUGUGGUAAAUGGUCUUAUUUCAUAUUGUGUGCACUUAAGUUAGAGUAGGUGAUGUUUCAGGGUGCAUUUACUGUAGGGUGAAAGAGACACUGGUUUCUCACGUUGUUUUGGUUCAUGGCUCACCUUAAGCCUUUCAAAUCAUCCAGUUUACUCUUUAUGAUACAAAGCAGUUCAGAUGGAUUUUGGGGAGGAAAUGUGGUGCAGAGGAGGAAACCCAAAAGGCACCUCACUGUUGUUUGAACGAAAAAUUUUUACUUAUCUGUUUGAGCAGGGGGAUUUCAAGCCCACAAUAUCAGAAACACUUUGAAGUUGUGCAUUUUCUUUCUUCUAAUUGUCAGUAAUUUGAGUUGGUUUACGUUGUGUAAAAUAACAAAGCAGCAGAGGUGAGCUUUUUCAUUUCUUUUGAAGAUUUUUCUAACAUUUGCAUAUUCCUGCCAUAACUGUGUGUGUGUGUACCAAUAUUCAUGUGAUCUGUACAUGUUGAUGUGGUCUCAAGUAAACUAUAUUUGUAGCCUGGGCCCUGUGUAGGCGAGCGCGGCCCACCUAAGGGGAAAGGGAUGUCAUUCUACAAACAUAGCGAUUAUUGCACUGCAUGGCCACCCGAACCAGCAGAUCAAUGCAAACGGCUCCAUAUGUCCAAAGUGCCAAAUCACGAAUGGCGCAUUUUUGUUUUUAUUUCUUGUUUUUUGUGUGUGUGUAUGUAAGCAUGUGUGCCUGUGUGUGUGUGUGCAAAUGUGUCCAUGUAGUAUGUGUGUGUGCGCCUGUGUAACAUAACGGUUAUUUUUGUGUCAGAAGGAAAUUUAUUGAAAGAUUUGUAUAACAGUACAUUAAAAUUCUGAUUUAUGUGGCAAAAUAAAGAGAAAUUAUUUUUAAACACUAA